AUGCUACCUUUAUUUGACCAAACUGGAACAGGCCUUAGAAGAGGGCCGAAAGGCCCACGAACGAAAAAAGAAGAAUCCUCAUGUAGGUUCUUUCUACACUUCCCUCCCUAUGCUCUCUCCCCAAGGCAGUGCUUUUGAUGGCUGAAGCCUACUACCGCAAAGGUGAGUUUGAAGAGGCCUUGACCCUCUUUGAACGGGGAAAACGAAUGCGACCCUCCAUAACUGCCUUCCAGAUUGGCGUGUAUAAAUGCGAGCAAGCUAUCGAGAACAAUUGCGGAAGUAAGUUUUCCUCAGUUUGUUCUAAUCAGCAUCGUUUUCUCCUCCAGUGGACUGCAACCUAGAAUUGGGCCCCGAUGUGGAUCUAACUGCCUACUACCUACACGCCUUUCCGGUAGACUACUAAUUUCUCAUUUUAAGCAUGCAAAAUUUGUAGCCCAAGGUCACUCGUAAAGCACCUGAGAAGAAGAUGGGCAGUAAGGUGGUGUCAGUCUCAAAGAAGGCUGAGAAAUGGCCAAUCGAUAUGCCACCCGAAAUACUAAACACAUUGUUUGGCAAGGCCUACCCCGAAUAUGUGUACCUCCGUCAACUGUAUGAGGUCGAAGGUAAGUGUCCUACAGUGCGAAUUUCGCGUACUUUGCCAUUUCCAAUGACUGCAGGUCAGCUAGUAAAGGAAAUGUAUUCUUUGAGAGGUAAAUGAACUUGCGCGGUCCAAGUAGCUACAGGUAGGCAGUGCAGUCAUUUCGUCAGCCAGCAGUAGAAUUGAGACUAUUUUCCCAACUGGGGAGUCUGAUCCCCGACAGUGUGAAUGUGUGUUUUCGGCAAAAUCAGUUUCCUUAACUGAGCAGCUGUAACUUGUAUCGUGCUUUCUUUUAUGCGCUCAACAAAAACAAAGGGGAUGAUGGAUAUCCCUUUCUAGGCAUUCUGGCCAUCUUUAAACUGCCACUGAAACUUUAAGUGUCGAAGAUUUUAGGCACAUGGUAAAGGUAUACUAUGUACCAUCCUGCAGUGUGUUUCUAACUGACAACCUUAGAAUGAAUUGAAAAGUUUAUAAGGAGUAAAAGCGAUCGCUGGGACAAGGGCUUUAUUCGCCUGACGUUUAGAAUUCUCGCUUGGACCCAGAGACAAUGACACAGCUCUUAGUGCCAUUAUCAAAAACCAAUCAGAUAGGGCCGGUGUCAAGCUAUUGAGCGAACAAAAUGACUUUUUAACUACACUGGGUUCUGCAAAUUCUCACUUAGGGCUGCAACGAAAAUGAGUUUUCUUACACCCGUGCGUUUUUUCAUACACCGUGCACCCCCCCCCCCGCCGCUCCCCCAAUGAAAUGCUCUUCAUGUCGAGCUGCUCAGCUGCCCCGCUUGACGUCCACACGGGCGCAAUAAGGGGUGUACGCCACCUUGCACCUGAGUGCGACUGGCAGUAAGCAGUAAGCAAUUUAGAAAAGUGAAGGCACUAUUUCCUGCACUUAAAGUGCAUUUAAACUGAAAGUAGCUCGGUUGGUAUAGGAAGGAGAUAAAACGGAGUGAAGAUAGGUUAGAUGAAGGCACCAGUCUGGCACCUUAUAUCAUUCGACGUUCCUGAAAUCCCCGCCAUAAAGUUGUCACCGGUCAAAAAAGAGCUCGAAUUUCAUAAGCAAAAAUCCCGUCUCUAGCUGAUUCUCUGGAUUGUCCGUUCAGGCGUGCAGGGGCGGUUAACUCCUGGGUUGACGAAACGGCUCCGGUAGGCUGUAGACCAGCACGCUGUCGGCGGAGAUUAGGAAUGUUCGCAGCAAGUGAGACAUGGGGGUCAUUGGUUGCCCCUAUUCCACGACGGGACACACUGAGGUCAUGGACGGCGACUAACCUCACUGUCCAAGCUUAAUAUCCACUCGUUCACGGCCGCGAACCCACUUUCACUCUUAUUCCUAUCCCCAUGAACAUCGUCAUUAUUAGUAUUAAACACCAAAGCACCGUUUAUGUGUCACUUGACCGUCCGGAUAGAGGAGCGAAAUCCUGGUCUUAAAACUUCUCAGCAGAGACAACUUUGUAAUAAUAGCUGAUGUGCGGUAAGGGUAGGCCUCGCUGGGGACAGGAUAAUUCAAAACCACAGGGCCGACACCGCGCUCCAGUGUCGAAGUCAGCAAUGGACUAUGGAGUCUCGUUUCUCAACCUCCUGGCGCUGUCCAGGGGCAUAAUCCACAGCAAUUUUGCAUACAUCAGGCUUCGCGCGGGCACACCUAUCAUUCCUUGCCGCGGACAGACCUCCGUCUGUCUACCAUACACGAGGUCCUUGUCUAGGCUGGAGGUAGUUCAGCUGGCCGUACGCGUGGGGGUGUGUGGCAAUAGGAACGUCGAAAACUAAGUCUUUGGGAAGACUCCUAGCGGGCAAUAAAUACCCAGACGUCGACUCUGUGCUGUACAUGGCCAGUCCGGUUGUCCUUCCCAGGCCCAUCAAUAAAGAUCCCCCUCGACAUUCUUUAUCGUUACCAUAUUUCAGUGACAGUAACUGGACCAAAACUCCCACUUAGAGUUGAUCGCUUUAUUUAUUUCCAGGAAAACGGGAGAAAUUCCUGAAACAAACCGGCAUUACUCUCAUGCGUAAGUCUUAAAGUUCCUGUUUGUUUGAUAAAUAGCAACGCAGUAUCGGAUUUUUUCUGCAAUAUGUCUAUUUUUGUUUAACUUACAUCCUGUUUGUGAUAGGAAAUAACAGGUAAAGAAGGCAUACUUGUUCACGAGGUUAUAACAUCGAAAAAUAACGGUAAUGUUUCGCAACCAGAGCGGUUCAUUUUUAUUCCGCAUUUUUGACCAGAAUAAACUGAAAAUCCUCUCCCCACGGAGGUCCUUAAAAAUUCAGUGUAGGUCACCCACCAGAUGGUCAAUACCAUACCAAUCAUCCAUGUAUGAAGUCCAUCCAUAGAUUCCUGUUGACGAACUGUCAAGAAGUCCACCAGUUGUUGCAUUUCAGAGUGCAUCCGAAAAGAAUUUGAGGGCGCAGAAAGGAAUCUUAUUCGUUGAAUCUCCAAACUCAAAAGAGGCAAUUUUCAAAACAACGUCCUACCUUGAAAUUAUUACACAAGUAAAGGGGAUGGAGAUUCGGCGCAAAUAUUUUUCGCAUAAUGCUCCCUUUUUGUGAUCUUUGACGUCCUUGUAGUGCCAGUAAUACGAUGCCCGGUCAACGAAUGAAGUCAUUCCAAACCCUGACAAAGGAAGACACAGACUCUUACGAUAACAAGAGUAGCAUUGAGCUCAAAUGUAGUCUCGCGCAAGGGAUUUAGAGGUAUCUUCUCCUUCCUUCUCCUUCUCCUCCUCCUCCUCCUCCUCCUCCUCCUCCUAAACGACUCCAACGACCUUCUACCCAGUUAAGUAUCGAUGGUAUCCGUGACACAGCAUGGAAACGACUUCCAGGAAGGGAUUGAGAUUUUUCUUAAAAUUACGUUAAUAGGUUUGGUGAGAUAAGGUCGGCCGAUAGAUGGUCAUUAAAGCGUUAACUUUCCGAGUAAAGAUGAGUUCCGCUCAUUUAGGACAACGGUUUGAAGUUAAAUAGCGCAUUUCCAAGCUAAUACAUCCAGCAAAAGGCGCUCUCAAAGGAUAGGAUCGAUUGGAUUGUUUGACUAGAAAAUACCCAAUCGAGGCUUCCUAAGUUCAGUCAUGAAUUCCCAAAAAUAGCAGAUAUUUAGGUUGCAUCUAGGUAUGCUUUCUCACCAAUAUAGGAUGGAAUAUUUUGAACAAGCUACGCCGUCUUCACCUCAGUUUAGGCGAUCUAUUGUUUAAACAGUCUUAUGGACAUGAUUCCAUGGGCGUCCGUCAGCCAAAGCACUGCCAGUUCUGGGAGCACAAAGAAUAAAUCCAAGCGUCGCAGACCAUACCAAAUCAGUAGACGCAUCACCAACGGCAAUUUGCUAGCCAGUUACGGAGACAGUACAGCUAGAGCAGUUGGACAGGCCACGUGAGCGCCGCAUACGUUAAGGUUGGCUGUGAGAGUAAAAAGUCGUAAUAUUUUGAUCUACAUGCGGAGGGCAUGGCAUUCUUCUUGUGCAGAUGUGGAGAGGUGACUGUCCAUCUUGUACGAAAACUUAUUAUCAUGAAACUGAGAAUUGAUGUUUGCUGAACGGGUAAGUUAAACCAUUUAGUGCCCAGCUAUUCUUCAAGAUGAGUCAUCAGGUUUCCGAAGGGGAGGAUAACAGGACAGUUUCCCAGAUAUCAAGAAGUCGUUUUGUUGAACGCUCACAAGUUUUUUUGGGAAUGACGUAGCCCUACACCCUUUAGUUUUUGUGUUCUGUGUUCGGAAAAAAGUGACAUGCGAGACCCUGGUAACAGUUCGGAAAUGCUUAUAAACAGAAGUUGAGCAAUUUAUAAUAAAAACAAUUCUUACUGAGAAUUACAGUAUUCCAUAGAUAUUUUGGCAGAUUUUGAAUAAUUCCUCUUGACCCAACUGUGAAAAAAUCGGCGUCUCGUUGGGAUUCGAACCCACGCAGUAAGGGGAAGGCUUUAGUACAGCCAACUCUCUAACCACUUGAGUUAGGAGGCCCCGCCGGACGACGCGAGUUUAAUCACAUUUGGGUCAAGUUACCCGCCCAACCUACUGCAACGUCUGGAAUCCACCAAAUCUGAUACAGUAAGUUGACUGCCCAAGCAGGGUAACUUGACCCAAACAUGAUUAAUCUCGCGUCGUCCGGAGGGGCCUCGUAGCGCAGGUGGUUAAAGCAUUGGCUGUACUAAAGCCUUCCCCUUACUGCGUAGGUUCGAAUCCCACCGAGGCGCCGAUUUCUUCACAGUUGUGUCAAUAUAAAUUACAGCAUUGGUAUUGGCCAGCUUAGAAAGUAGUCCGUUAAAAGAAAAAAACGUAAUGGUUUCUAAUGAUCUCGCCAAGUUUAACCAGGCAGCCCGGAACGAUUUAAAAGCGUAAGGCAAACAGUAUAAUUUUUGAAGUGAAAGUUAGUUGAAAACCAACUUUACUCAAGCCCGUGUUUUAGAGGGAAAUCAAUAGUAGACGUUGGGAUACACUGGCGGAAGCCUCGAGACCAAUAGUGACUUCAUCGCUGUUGCAUUCCGAAGAUACACCUGCGUAGAUGGUAGUGUAACCGUUUGCAUGUCCCAUCCCUCUUUUCGGGGUAUAAGACCCCCUAAGGCUGAGUCACUUUAAAAAAAUAUAUCUGUCUUCUCGACGAGCCCUUUGUGUUGCCAACUUCCCGCUAAACUCACACGCUCAUUUGAACUGCCGUGACGCAAAUGUUUUACGGCUGUCUCAGGCGCUUUGACUCCAUGCGGUAGAUCUGUUUUGAUCCUGCGCCGAGAAAAAACCUUCUCAAUUAACUUUUGCCUCGCUCUACCAAAUCCUCCUGCGUUGGGUUCUGUUAGGCCCUAUCACCCCAUCCGCCUCACUUGGGGUGGCCUGUGGGAUGGAGCGCACGAGAUUUACCGGAAGCCGGCAAGGGCCGUGGCUGCGGUAGACUUUUUGUUUUCUGAUUUGUGUGUGCGCGAGAGCGCUUCAGCGAGCGAACCUGCCGCCGUUGUUCUCGAGGCUGGCGGCAAGGGGGAGAGAGGGGGCGAGGGUGGAUAGCGGGAAAUCCGCUGCUGCCUAUCUGACUCUGAUUGAAUUAGGUGGUAAACCCCAUCCCCGCCCCUCCCCCUCAACCCUGUGGCCAAUAUUUACCCCCUGCCACAAAUGCGUGCAACGGCGUAAAAGCUGCCCACCCUACAGCUCCAGUGGAAUCGGAAUUCGCAACUAUCGCGAAUCUAUGAUAACUCGCCUUUUUCCAGCCUAACGGAUGAGGAAGGCGAACGCUUGGAGGAAGGUCGGACAAUUUGGCUGUGUUGGUGUUCUGAGCGGGAGGAAGGGAUGGAUGAGGACGUCCAUACUUGGGACAGGGUCGACAAAUUUAUUUCAGGGCUGCAAACACUGAAAAAUGACGCAUGAUCCGUAUCCUCGACGUUUAAGAUUUUCAACAAACUUGCUGCUCGGUAGUUCGUACUGUAGGUCGGCAUUUUUCGAAAUUCCCACCGCUUUCAGCAGAGUCUAGGCCGUAUUAACGUGGUACACAGUCUAUCUGAUUGCACAAAAAACGUGCUGUCGUGUUUUUGCCUAUCGAAAGCCCUCACGGACGGCAAGGAACGCAAACAGAAGGAUUGUCGACGAAAGUUGUGAAGGUUGAAAAACUAAUUUCUGGCGUGUUUGUCUUCAUGGACGUAAGAGGCUGAGCUCGAACUCCUCGUCCUUCCUACUUGGGGUUGGAUUAUGACUCGCAGACGAUGAAGUUAGGAAUGAUAAUUUCAGUCUUCGUAAAACUUGUUACGGUGAGGUUUGGUCCUGCUGUCCUACUUGAUCGCUACUACAGGGCUAGGAAACUAAAAUAAUUUUAGUUAACAUACCUGACUUAGCCAUUCGCUGGAUUAGGAAGAGGAAGGGAGCGCAAGCAGAGACCGAAACACGCGCAGGGAAGCUCGUGUGAACCGAUGCUUGUUGCAACCGUCGAUUCAACGAUGUCCGCCGCGUGCUACACAGCAAGGUGCAGCAGGCACGGUGACUUGCGUGUGAAGUAGUUUAUAGCAAUAACAGACUUUCGCAGCAUCCACCUCACUCUGUCCUCCCCUCUCACCUGGACCCAGUGUCAGGACAGAGUCAAGAAGACCGGAGGUGGGGGGAGCGCAGGUGUAUGGCACGCUCGAGCCCUCACCUUGGCGCUCCACUCCAAACUCUCUGGUCCACACAACAAGUAACCAGGUUUUUUUUAACCACUAACAACAAUGGGGGGCCACAGGGGUCCCAGUGCGCGCGACGUCUGCCGGCAACCGGGUCUGCCAAUGCCCCUCCCCGAAAUGUUGGCAUUUGUUAUGGUGCGCAAUCCGAUAACGUCUGCCAGAAGCCGAUGGAAAUGUUGGCAUUUGUUAUGGUGCGCAAUCCGAUAACGUCUGCCAGAAGCCGAUGUGGUCCCCGUGUUGGUCCAGCGCAUCUACCGAGUGGCCCGUUUAGGGGGGGGGGGCAGAACGUGUACACACUUGCCCCCGCGACACAGCCACUCGCGGGAUUAAAAGGAUAAGGUGAGCGUGGUCACAACUGGAUGACCACAGAUGGAACCGCGUGUCAAAUUGCAAUGCACCGCCACUAUAAUGGAACCGCGGAGUUCCAUUCCGUCCGAACGAUGCCAUCAACAAGCCUACUUACCCACCCGCCGGACUGAGAUAACGAAGGGGACGCAAACAGGGCUCACAGCACGUGCUGAGAGGCACUUGUAAACUGAUACUUGAUGUAACCGAAGCCGCGUAUGAGCAGUUCCCCCUAGCAUAGUCACUUGCUGGUUAAAGUAGUAAGAAGCCGCAAACACUUGAUAUAUGUAAAGUUAGCGUAAUCGUACCAACUAAAUUCGUUUUGGGGAGCUAACCAUAUGGUAUCACUCAAGUGGGACUGCAGGACCAAACCUGGCCCUUGUUGCCUCACCGCAUGUACACAAACAAAAGCAGCGGAGUUCGUUUAAAUCAAUGGUUUAGGGAUCGUCAGCCACUUACAUAUUAAUUCACAAAUGGUAAAGGACGGUAGCGGAAGAUGAAGGAAUAUUAUCUUCCACGUUAAAAUCCGCCGUGAGUAAAGUCCGAGUUGAGGCAAAGCAAGAGGACACGUUUUGAGACCGUACAUGAAGUGCCCUGCUUUAUGACGUCCAGAGUGAUGAGAAUGUGGCUAUUAGCGAAGGAAAUACAUUCGUUAUCAGCAGGUAAGUUUCUUUCAGAAAACGAGUUCUUUGGACCGACGUGUGAGAACUGCGGUUUUCAAGCCAUUUUCUCAGUUUAAGUGAUGUCACAAGGCAGUUUGCGACGGUCACCGUCAGAAAUGUCACUCUGUAGAUGAUUUGGCUUUCAUAACUCUUCUAUUUUCUUUGCAGCUACUGUGCUACCGCGCAUCCAACGUUGCGAGGAUAACCGAAAGGAUGUGAUGGCCUGCGCAAACUGCCUGAACAGAAAGUGCGAUCUGUGGUACAAGAUGGAUCCCAGCAUGAAGCACGACAGUCGUCUGAUGUAG